AUGGUUCACGUAUGAAAAAAAGGAUGAAAUAGUUUUCCGUAAAUAAUUUCCACCCCUCUCGAAAGAAAAUCUGCCGCAUUUUCCCCCGUGCGUCUGUAAAAACCUUCCAAAUCACCCAGUAAUUCCCGUGGAACGCGUUUCGCCUCGUCAUUCGGCGGGUUUACUCUCAAAAUUGAGGAUUUCACCAACAUGUUUUUUGCCGACGACAUUUUCAUACGGUUGGAGUUAUCUCCGCCGGAAAGAAGAGUGAAAACUGCUCCAGUUGCGAGCAAUCGAAUCAAGUUUGAGAACGAUGUGUCUGGAGGUGGUUCUUAUGAAACCCACUAUGCGGACGAAGGACGAUGUCUCGGUCCUCACUGGAAACGCGUUCGUCUCCUUUCACAAAAGGAGGACGAUAGUGCGGAGAGGAAUGGUGACGAGACAAAAGAGGAUAAGAACGACGGAGGUGAUGGCAAUGGCGAUGAAGAUUCCGAUGAGGAAGAAUCGAAAACUGUAGAACCCCCGCCAUUACCGCCUCCACCACCAGUUGAAGAAGAAAAGAAGGAAGAAGCAGAAGAUGAACCGCCACCAGCUAAAGAAGAAAAGAAAGAAGUGAAGGAUGAAGGCGGGAAUGGUGAUGGUGGCGGAGAAGACGGAGAAAUGUCCGACCCCUUGGAACGACUGAAGGGCGAAUGUGAAGCAAACAAGAAAUGUGUAGCGCUCAAAGCCCGACUGGAAGAAUGCAAUGAUCGCGUCAAUAGCUGCGAAGGAGAGACGACUGAAACGUGCGAAGAAGAGAUCAUGGAUUUUAUUCAUUGCAUUGACCACUGUGUUGCGAAAGAUCUCUUCAAAUAUGUUAAAUAAUUCGAUUUGAAUGUUUAUCCCUUCUUUCGUGACGUUUUGUCUAAACACGAUUGUGACGUUUGCAGAAUCAGUGCCCAUUAAACGUGC